AUGACAGGAAUAGAGGAAAAGCCAGGGCAGAGUCCCAGCGACAAAGAGGCCUCUCUUACUACAGCAGCUCACCCCAUUGAUGAAGAGCUCGCUGCCCGCUCCGGGAAGGAGAGAUAUCCAGUCAAAUGGUAUCGCUCGACCUUCUACAAUGCUCUCAUCCUGGGAAUAUGCAACUUCCUCGCCCCCGGAAUCUGGGGUGCCAUGAACUCCCUCGGCGGCGGCGGUGACGAGAAACCCUACCUUGUCAACACCGCAAAUGCCCUCACCUUCUGUCUCAUGGUUGUCUCUUGCCUUUUCGGGACUGUUCUCGUCAAGUACAUCGGCAUAAAAUAUACAUUCAUCCUCGGAACCGUGGGGUAUGCGCCCUUUGCUGCCGGUCUGUAUACCCAUAACCGAUACGGAACGGAGUGGCUUGUCCUCUUCGGUGCUGCAGUCUGCGGUCUCUCUGCUGGGAUCUUUUGGAUGGCGGAAGCAGCUAUUGCACUCGCGUAUCCGGAGCCAUACAACCAAGGAAAAUUCCUCGGUUUCUGGCUCAGCUUUCGAGUGUCUGGCCAGAUUCUUGGAGGUGCCGUCAAUCUCGGAAUCAACGCAAAGGAUAACCACGCUGGAAAGGUAUCGUAUACAGUGUUUGAGUUAUUCAUUGCACUCCAAGCCCUAGCUCCAUUUGUUGGGCUAUUCCUCUCCCCACCGAAAAAAGUGCAAAGAACGGAUGGACUGCCAGUUCGAUUGAGGAUUUUCGAUCAAAGUUGGACCACGGAGUUGAAAGAAGUCGCCAAGCUGUUUUUCAGUCGUGAUUUCUUGCUGAUCGUCCCGCUCAUCUCUCAAGCUGUAUUCAGCGAAGCCGUCAUGUUUACAUACCAGGGACUGUGGUUCUCUGUUCGAGCACGCGCACUCGGCUCUUUCCUGUCCGGUAUUGUAGCACUAGUCGCUGGAAACGUCCUCGGUGCGUAUCUCGACAACAAACGCAUCUCCCUCAAGACUCGUGCCAGAACUUCCUUUGUCGCUGUCGUGGGAUUGCAAGGAGCAUGGUGGAUCUGGGGUACGGUUCUCGUCACACGAUACCAUCACACCCAUCCAACGUAUGACUGGGUGGAUUCAGGAUUUGGGUCUGGAUUCGCCUUGUUUCUGUUCUGGGUUAUUGGCUUUCAAGUCAAUUAUAUGUACCUAUACUUUGUCAUCGGUAACCUGGCCAAGGAUGAGCAAGAAGUCAUCCGCAUUGCAGGUCUGCUUCGUGGUACCGAAUCUGCUGCUCAAGCUGUCAGCUACGGUCUGUCCAGUGUUGCUAUUAUGGGUGCUAUCGGCGACAUCUACUUGAACUUUGGUCUUUGGGCUGUUGCUCUCUUCCCAGCUUGGCUGGUCGUCAAGGAGAUUGGAGUGACCAAGGGAGAUCCAAAGGUCGAGCGAGAACAGGCUUUGAGAGAUUCGGAGUAAGCCGCUUACAAAUUUUGUGCUGUAUGGCUUGCGGAAGAUGGCAGAUGCAUAAUGUGCUUAUGCUGAAAUGAUGUGAAUAUUAGGCCA